CAAAAAAUCAACGGAAAACGUGACAGAAAUAUCUAGAGAAUAAAAGAACAAGUUUUGCAAAGUUUUUAUCUUAUAAUUUUAUGGUUUACUAAUUGUAAUAUUAUCCCAAUAACGCAAUGGCAUCUAUGAGCAGGGAGGAAUUGAUAAACAGUAUCUAUUACUCGGACAAAUACUAUGAUGAUGUGUUUGAAUAUAGGCAUGUUGUACUUCCCAAAGAAAUGGUUAGCGUAGUACCCAAAACUCAUUUAAUGUCUGAAGAUGAAUGGCGAAGUAUUGGAGUUCAACAAAGUAAAGGAUGGGUGCAUUAUAUGAUUCAUUUACCAGAACCUCAUAUUCUGCUUUUCAAGAGACCUAUAACAACACCUCCGCCCUCCCAAUAAGAACCUAAGUCAAAUUUUGUACAAACCCAUUCCCUAUUUUUAAGUUUUCGGAUAGUUUAUUAUAGUAAAAUACCUUUAUCUGAGUAUUUUUCUUUGAAAACCCUAAGUACUUAAAGGAAAUUAAAUAGUUUUUGAUUAUUCUUGUAGUUUAUUAUAUAUUAUUUAAAUACUUGAGUACUGAAGAUAUUUAAUGUGAAUUCCAAAUGCAAAAGGCUGAAUUUUGAGCCGCACAUAUGUUCAUAAUAACUUUAUAUUGUUUCAUCUCAAAUAUUGCAUGAAGAGUUCUUUACUGUGUCAUAUUUUAAUAUAAAUGUCAAAGGAACUGUGAAAAACAUUGCUUUUUAUGUAUUUUAUAUUUUAUGUACAAAAUAUUGUAUGGUCUUUAAUGCAGAGCAUUUGUACUCAGUACUUCAUACAAUUUUGAAUAGUAAUUUGAUUUGUUGUAUAGAUUAGAAUUACUUGACAUGCUAUUUAUAUGAUAAAUUUUGGUAUCUGAAAGUCUCUUUGACAAAUUGGAGAAAUAAACAAAAACUAUACAAUUUACUAAAAGAUGUGAUUAGUUAGUGAAAGGGAACUUCUCCUCUUAACCAAUUGAGUUGUUAAUUAUUAAACACAUUUUGUUCGAAUGUAUCUUUAUGUUUGAAUUUUUAGUGAAAUUGUCUAUUCUGUAGAUAAAGGUAUUUUAAAGUAAUAGUGUUAUUUAUCAAAAUGGAAGGCUGUAAUGUGUUUUAGAUCAAUAGCUUACAUUUCAUUAUUAAGUGUACUUGUAUUAUAAACAUUUUUACUUGUUUUUAUUGAUAAACUUGGAUUAGUUCAUGCUUUUAAUGUGUUAGUAAAGUUUUGUGAUACUCUAAAAUAAAUCCACGUUUUUUUAU